CAAUCUAUCUCUCUCUCCCUUUCUAUUGUCUUUCUAUAUAUAGAAACUAGGUGCAAUAUCUUGUCAUUUUAAUGGCUAAGUUAAGCUUCUCCUUAUGCUUCUUGUUGUUUCUUCUGCUAGCCUCAGUUGCCACCGGAAGCCGCCCUCUCGAGCAGACUCCAGUCGUGGUGAAGGUGAGAGAGUUAAGCACUUCUAUUGAGUCUACGAACCCAACUGUAGCAGAUGGUCAAGCUUCAGGGGGCAGUGGCAGUCAGGUAAAAACUCCGGAGCGUUUAAGCCCAGGAGGAUCGGACCCGGAACAUCAUUAG